GUAACAAAAGCUGUGUUGGAUUGUAUCUUGAUAAAAAAAAAACCUUGAAGGCAUUAAAAAAUGCUCACAGACGGCACUCAAUUCAGAAGCUCCUGUAGACAGAUGGCUGAACGGCUGAAGCUGCUGAGUCAUGCUUAGUGGAUCUAAAACAUUAAGAAAGAUGAGCUGAGAUGAAUCUCUCCUUAACCCUUUGGAGAUUCAUUAUCUUACUUCUCAGUUUUUCCAUCAAGCGUGGCCCUCUGAUCCCCGCUGGCUGCAUGCACAUGCAUCUCCUUGGCUACCUGACGGUAAAACCAUCUCCAUUCUACCUCAUCGGCUCAAACCUGACGGUGUACUGCCACGUCACAAAAUGUGAAAAGGGUUUCAAUAUGUCCCUGGAGGUGAAUGGUGAAACUGUGACAUCUUGGAAGAGAGACAACUGCCGCACAACUAUAUUCAGUCUGUUUAAUGUCCGGACGCCACUAUCUGUAGUGCACUGCAAGCUGAAGGGUGCUAAAUUGUCUACGUUAGUCGGUGGACUGGACCUACAUGGCGGACUCCCUCCAGAUAAACCUGAAAAUAUUAUAUGUGAAACGUCAAGGAGCUCAGAUAUUAUAAGCUGCUCUUGGGAGAGAGGACGGGAAACACACGUCCUUACUACCUACAACAUUUCAGUCAACAGGGAAAAUGGGACCCAGAUAUAUCAGAUCCCGGAUGCUGAUAAUAGGGUUAGCCCUCACGCCCUCACCAUACCACGGGUGAUGAUAGAUGAAAACAUUAAAUACAGGUUGAUUAUCACAGCUGACAACCGCUUUGGAGCAUCGCAGUCAGAUCCAUUCAUCCUCUAUGUAAAGGAUAUAGUUAUACCAGAGACCCCUCGUAUCCUGCUAAUAGAGUUUAAAAAUAACUCCCAAGCAGCUGUGUUGCACUGGAAAACCUCUGAAUCUUCAGAGUAUCUCAGAUCCGAUGUAAGGCUCCGCACAGAUAAUGGCUUCUCCUGGGAAGUGGAAGAGGGAGCAGAACUCAGUGAGGGUCUGAUACAAGUGGACGGACUGAGGCCUCUGACUGAAUAUGAGUUCCAGAUGAGAACAUGUAUCCCGCCAUCAGGACUGACUCAUACCAACAUGCCCAGGUCAAACUGCAGCAGGAGGUCGUUCUGCAGCAAAUGGAGCCAAUCUGUGAGGGGGAGAAGUCCUGGAAAAGGUCCGUCUCAGCAGUUGCAUGUGUGGAGAACGUUAGGCAGCCUGGGAACAAAUGGGCAGCAGACUGUGACUGUUUUGUGGAAGCCUCCAUCUCCAGAAGAUUUCAGUGGUGCGGUGCAACAGUAUAACAUCUUUCUGGGUAACGACCAGAAACAUGAAGUGACCUGUCCUGCUGCUUUGAGCCAGUGUGCAGUUCAGGUACCGGCAGAAGUCCAGGCACUAAGCAUCAGUGCUGUCACCACGUAUGGGACGUCUCCACCGGCUGAUGUGCCACUCAGACACUCAGGUGAUUUUGGACCUGUUUUGAGAGAGUUGGCUCCUGCAGCUAACGGCAGUGCUGUGCUCGUGUCCUGGACGUGGCUGGCCAACACACACUGGUCAACAUCUGGAGGAGAACCACUGCACUGUGUGUUACAAUGGACAAGUGUACCUGUGGCAGAGCUGCAGUGGCAAAAAGUGACUAAAGAUCAAAACAACACUUUCAUCACAGGCCUGACUGCAGGUGUGAGGUACAAUAUCUCUCUGUACGCUGUGACCACCAGAGGUGUUAGCGCUCCAUCAUCCAGUCUAGUCUACUCCAAAGAACAGAAGCCAGUGUCUGGUCCCAACCUGUCAGUACUGGUCCAUCAGGCCAGACGGAUCCGGAUCCAGUGGGACGAGCUGCCUGUCGUCAAGCAGAGAGGCUUCAUCACAAACUACACCGUCUAUCUCAAAGUGCUGGGUUCCAGCAACACGAACCUCAGCGUGACGGUGUCUGGCUCCGGACCCAGAGAGAUGUGGCUGGACUGUCCUGAAGGAGCUCUGGCUCUGCAGCUGACUGCAUCCACCGCAGCAGGAGAAGGGCAGCCGGGCCUCUGGAUCUGCUCUCAGCCUGGAGCCUCUGCAGCUGGCCUGGUUUUUAUGACUGUUUUCAUCAUUACCCUCUUUAUAGCGAUCAUCGCCAACCUGUUGUGCUGGAGCUGUGUGAGGAAAAGGAUCAAACAGAAAUGUAUAUCUUGGGGUCCUGCCUGGCUUGAUGAGAAAUUACCAAAACCAGGAAACAGUAAUGCCAUCAGACUACUGGAGCAGUACGUAAGUGAACCGACCUUCUCGUCCACCUACAGCGACCCUCCACUGUCGCCCAUCAGGUUGAUCUCCCAGGAGGAGAGGGACGACGUGUACCCCACCAUCCACGUCGAAGUAUCCCCGUUUGGAUCAGGACGACCCACAGUGGAGACACCUUUGCCAAUGUCGGCUUCCGGGACAAUGCUUGUUGACAGCCAGCUGGAACAUGUCAGCUACAAACCCCAGAUUGUUACGUUAGCUCCACAAGGAGAGGAGGUAACGGAGACAGAAGAAGAGCAGAGGGACGCACCAUCCAGUGGAGAUGAAGACAGUGUGUUUGGGGGAUUACUGGGAGGCUUUCUGUCCAGAGUGGAGGAGGAUCCACCUCUGGGGCUGACUCUCAGCUCUGUUGGCGGUCUUUUGUGGCCUAAAACUCCCGAAACAACAAGUGUCUUAAAUGGAGGCUUCUUACUGGAGAGGAGAUGGACUGAGAACAAUGUGGAAGCAGACUCAGCCACUCUGGAUUCACAACAAGGUGAAAUAAUGACUCCUGACACUGUGGACACUUGUUUAUCUCAGUAUACAGUUGAGACUGCACUGACUGGUGGUUAUUUCCCCCAAGCAGCCACCGUGAGCUGAAGUGCAUUCUCUCUAAUGACUCCACUGGUUGAAAAAGAAGUCAGAUUGUAUAGAAGUCUAUGAGGAAAUGACCCAAAUUCUAACUUGAUUUAUUACAACAACAUUUACCUAAAGACCUUUUGGUCCAAACGUUAGUUUCAAGUCUUCUCCAAUAGAGUAUGAUGUUCAUUUUGUAAAUGAUGUUCCCAUUUAUAUUAAAAUACAGGAUAAAGCAGCGCAUGCUUUAGGGCGGGACUACUUUGUGUUUGACAAGUCACUAACAUGGCUUUGUCCGGUUUUGGUGUUGUUCGUGUUUACGUGUUAGAACUUUGACCCUUUCACAGCGUGUUUUCACUUCAUGAAAGUUAAUUGUAACAUUUUGGUUGCCUAAAAAUGCCGUUUUCAACGUUUCGUACUUCGCUCUACCCUAUCGUGUAACUGCUGGUUGCAAAAAACAAAGAUGGCGACGAGCAAAUUGGCAUACUCAAAGCUUCACAAUUCUAUUCAACAAACAAAUGGGUGACGUAAUGGUUACUACGUCCACUUCUUAUAUACAGUCUAUGGUUUGACUGAAUGGUACUAUCGUUAUAAAAAAUCUAUUCGGCUGACAUAUGCAUCCUCCCGCAGCAGAACUUUCUCCUGUCAAUCGAACCGCCACUUUAAUCAAGACUAAAAUAUCUCAACAACUGAUGGAUACAUCGCCAUGAAACUUUGUACAGACAUUCAGGCUUCCCUACUGACUUUAGUGAUCCCCGACUUUUCAUCUAGAGCUACUUGACAUUUGUGUCUUCACAACUAUUGGAUGGAUUGCCAGAACAUUUGGUACUUACAAUCAUGUUCCCCUCAGGAUGAUAUCUUUAAUGAUCCUUUCACUUUUCAUCUAG